AUGCAAAAAGUGAACAUGCAAAAGGAAUUUGAAAAUCUGAAUGACUCACAGAAAUAUUUCGUUCGGAAGUUAGAAGAAAUUAACAGAGAACGGGCACAAACUGUUAAGAACUUAAAGAGGCGUAACCUUUUUACGGGUUUCCUUAUCGGUGGAUGUGUACUUUCGAUUUAUUUAUAUUCUAUGGUUGCAGUUCGGCAAGAGAAAUUCCUUGAUGAUUUUGACACUCUCAUAGCAAAUGUCCAUGGCUCAGUGGCUGGGGACCUCUGCACACGACUCAAGUCAAGAUCCUUAUACUGCGGUGGGUUUCCCAGUGACUGGGGUGGGAAGCAGUUGGUUAGUUCUCACUCUCUCCUUCCAAGUAUCUCAAGCGGGUUAAUGUGGGCAAGGCUGCAUUCCCACGCAUCCUUCCCAAUGCAACCCUUCUAUGUCUUCCUAGGUCUGCCGCAACUUCUGUGA